GAGUGUGUCUGGAGGAAAAGCUGCUGUAAACAUGUCUAAAGUCCAAACGCUGAGAGCUUUUGUCCAGCAGCGACUAAGUGCGGCUGCUGAAGAGAUAUUUGAGCUGUUUGAAAGAACGAUAGCAGAGUACGAGGAGGAACUUUGUGGACAACGCAAACUACUGGACGCUGUUUUCAAGCCUGAAGUCCGGUUACACAGAGCAGAAGUCCAGCUGCUGUUGGUGAGUAAAGAGGAGGUUCCUCUUGAGCAGCAGGAGUGGAGCCCCAGUCUGGACCAGGAGGACCCACCAGAGCCCCCAUACAUUAAAGAGGAACAGGAGGAACUCUGGACCAGUCAGAAGGGAGAGCAACUUCGAGGGCUGGAGGAGACUGAUACCACCAAGUUCACAUUCACCCCUGUCCCUGUGAAGAGUAAAGAAGACAAUGAAGAGAAACCUCAGUCCUCACAGCUUCAUCAAAGACUCACUGAACAGGAGAAAACAGAUGCUGAUGGAGAGGACUGUGGAGGACCAGAACUAGCUAGGAACUCUGAUCCAGAUAGACCUUUACAACCAGAUACUGAGGAUGUGACAUCAGAGACCAGGGAACCUCAGUCAUGUUUAAAUCUUUUGCAAAACAACAGUGGAUGUAUCACUGGUGAGAAACCUUUCGGCUGCUCAGAGUGUGAUAAACGAUUCUACACUAAAUCAAGUCUGAGACAACACAUGAAAGUCCACACAGGACAGAAACCCUUCAGUUGUUCUGUCUGUGGUAAAAGAUUUUUCGAAAGCUCAGAUUUGAUCAAACACUUCAGAGUUCACACAGGAGAAAAACCUUUCAGCUGCCCAGUUUGUAAAAACCGUUUCAGUGACAGAAGCAAUUUGUACUCUCACAUGAAAAUCCACACAGGAGAAAAACCCUUCAGUUGUUCUGUCUGUGGUAAAAGAUUCGCACAAAGAUCAAGUUUGACCAAACACUUCAGAGUUCAUACAGGAGAAAAACCUUUCAGCUGCUCUGUUUGUACAAAAUGUUUCAGUGCCAGAAGCAAUUUGUCCAAACACAUGAGAGUCCACACAGGAGAAAAACCCUUCAGUUGUUCUCUCUGUGGUAGAAGAUUCGCAAAAUGCUCAAGUUUGACCUCCCACUUAAAUGUUCAUACAGGAAAAAAAACUUUCAGUUGCUCUGUUUGUAAAACAAGUUUUGAUGAGAAAAGCGAUUUGUCCAAACACAUAAGAAUGCACGCCAGGAAGAAACUCUGUAGUUCCAGCCUUUCUGGUAAAAAAAAAAUCAACUCGCUGGUGAGAGCAGAGGAAGGAAAUGAAGCUGCAGAGAUGCUUUUUGGGCCAAUUCCUUCCAGCAGGACUGAAGUACUGAGGGCAAGACUUUGCUCAACGCUGAUGAGUUCAGACUCCAGAAUAAGUCGAGCUUCAUCUUUUCAGCGAAGACGAAGCCAUGUGAUCAUUUUAAUUCUGUUCUUAUUUGUGUCACAUUAUUCGGUCAUUUUCCAGGUGCUUCUUGGUAUUGCUUGUAUUUGUUGAUUUAAAAUGGAUUAAAACUGUCUGAACGUAUUUUAAGUCACCUGUACAUCACAGUGGUCAACACGUGUUGUUUCAAAAUGUGAUUUAUAAAUGAAAUGACUUAUUUCCUAAACAACACAGGGUAUUUCUAAGUGAAUGGACUGUCCUGGUCUUGAAUCGAUUUCUUUGUGUUAAACAUGAAGAGCUGAUUCUUGAACAGCUCUUACUGUAUUUGUGUUAUUUCUAUCAGGUCACAAGUGUUUAGAAAAUUCUGAUUUCACACAAUUGGACAGCUGAUCUGUUUGAUUCCCCCAGUUGCCUUUAAAUGUGAACGUUUACUGCAGUUGUUUUGUUUUGUUGGUGAGACAUAUGUCUCCAACCGGAGUUUUGUAGAACAGAGACAGUAAUGAUACAGUUGAUGUUGAUUUAUCAUUUGGGAACCCAAAUAGUUACGGAUCAGUAAGUAAUUUAUAGAUUAUCUGAUAGUAAGUAAAAUAAAAUACUUCCAUAUUUACUGGAACCUUUAAACCGGUUUGUGGAUGUUUCAUGUGUUUCUCAUGAUGUUAUAAAAGGUAUAAACCA